AUGUCCUCUCUGGAUCUCACAACCAUCCUCCCAGACGAGACUCUAGCGCACGUCUUCUACUGCGCGACCGUCGCCGAUCCCAUCCGCAAAGCCAAUCGAGAAAGUCGAUACUGCACGGACGAGACGACGGCGUCCUCGAGACUGGGCUGGAUACAAAUUACGUUCGUGUGCGCCCGCUGGCGUCGCGUCGCAGUUGAAGAAGCUGGGCUUUGGUCCAAGCCUAGCUUCCUCCUCGGACCGCUGUGGCUCGACGAGUUCAUGCGGCGCAGCAAGGGAGCGUUACUCGACGUGGCCUAUCGCUAUCCCGACGACCGUCGAGCAGCAAAGACUUCCAGGCUUAUCGGCCUCGUCACAACUGAGUCCACUCGGGUCCAACGCUUGCGGAUCAACAUGGAUAGUGACAAGGAAGGGCUAUUGAACCCGAUCUUCAAGAGCCACUUGUCUGCUCUGGAAGAACUCGACGUGUAUAUGUAUAGCAGCGGCAGUCGUCAACUCGGAGGGUGGGAAGAAGCGCUGGGUGACCUGAGUCGCAAUGCACUGCGCUUGCGGUGCCUUGAUUUUAAUCUUACCCAAACGCCUUUCGCUACUAUUGACUGGCGGGUAUCAGCAUUUCCAUCGUUGCGGCGACUGCAUCUGCAGCAUUCAGGGCGUUUGCCAGACUCGUCCCUCCCCCGCUUUCUUGAAGCCCUUCGUUGUAUGCCGCUCCUCGCGGAACUCUUGCUAUAUGGCCACCCUGAAGAGUCACGGGCCGCACGGUACAGUCUGUAUGACUGUAACGAAGCUUGCAUGUCGCCGGCUGGCGAAACGACGAUGGUCGACCUCCCCAGUCUGCGGGAGCUGCAGCUCGAACAAUCCCUAGAUUCAUACGCUCACCUUCUGUAUCACACGCACAUUCCUGCAAACGCGCACGUCAACAUCAAAGACGUUCACAUCAGCUCACCGCACGAAGUAGAGGUCAUGUGCACGCAUCUUGCCUCGUGCAUGGGUCUGCACUCGAGCCAGGAGAACGCUUACCGUUCCGCCACAAUCAAGCUCACCGCGGGAUAUGUCAACGACUUCAUCCCCGGCCAUAUCAUAUCUACGCCUGGAGAGAUUCAGGUGUGGCUGCGGCGUGCAGUAGACACCAACCCUAUGGACUACCUCGCCUGGAUGAUGAGAAAGCCGCCUCGUCCCGACGAGAUGCGAUUGACUCUUCAAUACAAUACCUUCCCCGCCCUCUCGCCAAGUCUCGACUUGAGCAACAUCACCACCCUCACGCUCAACGGACACGCCGACGUACGUGACCCGUGGCCAGUCAUCAUGGCCUUCCCGAACGUCGAAACCCUCUAUCUCAUCAGCCAAUCGAACGCUUUCCAGCGUCCCGCAGGUCUCGAAAUGCUCGCACUUUCGGGAGAUAGACUCCCGUUUCCGAAGCUGCGCUACCUCGUCCUGACGAGGUACUUCAUGCCGGACAUCGUAUGCGACCUACCGCAGAUGCAUGCACGAAAGCCGCGCACAGUCCUCGAAGACAUCAUCUAUGAACGUCGCGCUUGGGACGUCCCGUUGCGCACAGUCGAAGUUCCAAUGUGGGAGACUAUAGAGAAGAUCGAGGCUGGAGGGUGGGAUCGCGAUCCGCAUAUUGGCGAUAUACGCGCGACUAUUUCGCGUCUUCAAGAGAUGCCAGAAGUGCGCGUCGUAGGGGAGCAUCCGCAUAACUAUGGAUGGGGAGCCGAAAGUAUUUGA